CCCAGCCGAGAUAAGUGGAUUGUUUUCAAUUAGCACAUCGAAUCAUAUUAGAAAUGAUUCAAUUUAAAGGGAAAGAUUACAGAGAAGAUGACGAAUACAACCCAUUCGUGAAUCGCAAUGUGGCCAAACCAAACUCCAACCUCGGCACCCUGAUUCACCUGAUCAAGGGUUCGCUGGCCACGGGAAUUUUGGCAAUGCCCCUCGCGUUUAAACUUGGCGGACUGGCGUUCGGCCUGGCCGCUUCCAUCGCAGUAUGCUUACUCUACGUUUAUUGCGUCCAUUUGCUGGUUGGCACAUCGCAAAAAGCCUGCCGACAGAACCGCAUUCCGGUGCUUGGAUUUGCCGAAACGGCGGAAGUUGUGUUCGCCAAUGGACCACCCAGUGUGCGACCGUACUCCAAGCUAGCCAAAAACUACAUCAACUGGAUGCUCCUGAUUCACAGCCUACUGACGACGUGUCUGUUCCAGAUCUUCGUCGCGAGCUCGCUGCGCGACGUCGUCAACAAUCAGCAGCAGAUAGAGUGGGGCACGCUCGUUUACGUUGCCCUGGUGACGAUUCCGAUGGUGUUUAUCACGCAGAUACGCCACCUGCGAUAUCUGGUGCCGUUUUCGGCGGUGGCCAACGUCCUCAUGAUUACGGCCUUCGGAAUCACGCUGUACUUUUUGCUCGACGGUGACGAGCCGGUUAGCUUCGCUGGGAGGAAUCUGGGCCCGGAUUGGACCCAGUUGCCACUGUUUUUCAGGUACGACCUUAAUGACCCUAGGACUGGAAUCCGUUACGUGCUCCCCAUCGAAAACGAUAUGAGACAUCCGCAGAACUUUUUGGGAUUCCGUGGAGUUGUGGUCCAAGCUAUUGCGCUACUAACCGUUCUCUACAACGUCACCGGAUUCUUUGGGUACCUCCGUUACGGCGAUGACGUCAAAGCAACGGUAACUUUGAAUCUUCCAACGGAAAAUGGCGUUGCGGAAUCAACCCGUCUCUUAGCUGGACUCGCGGUACUGUUCUCCAUGGGUCUCUGCUUCUACGUUCCGAUGGACAUUAUUUGGCGCUGGUUGGAGAACCGAAUCCCACCAGCCAAGCGGAACAUCACCCAAAUUUCAAUGAGAUUCGGAAUCCUGCUCGUUCUCACCGCAAUAACCAUGGGCGUGCCCGAUUUGGUGCCGUUUGUCGGGUUUGCUGGGUCGUUUUGUUCGGGGAAUCUGGUGGUACUGAUACCGGUAGUGUUGGAUUUGGUGUUCCGUUGGCCGACGCAGGACUUUGGUCGCUUCCGGUGGAUUCUGGUGACGGACUGCGUUCUGGCGGUGUUUGGAGCGUUCUUGCUGGUGACGGGGACAACCACCGGAACCCUGCUGCACGUGAUCAAAGGAAGCCUUGGCACCGGCAUCAUGGCGAUGCCGCUGGCCUUCAAGCAGGGCGGCCUACUGUUCGGCACGGUUGGUACGGUUGCGAUUUGCGCCAUCUACGCCCACUGCGUUCACCUGCUGGUCAGCACAUCGCUAAAAGCAAGCAAACGCAAGAGAGUUCCACUGCUGGGCUUUUCGGAAACGGCGGAAGCCGUGUUCUCCAAUGGUCCACGUGGGGUUCGGCCGUUGGCGACGUUGGCCACCCGCUACGUCGACGUAAUGAUCCUGAUCCAGAGCUUCCUCUCGUUCUGCCUGUAUCUGGUCUUCAUAGCGAAAACCCUCAAGGACGUCCUGUACAACCAGCAACAGAUCGAUUGGGACACCCGGAUCUACAUCCUGCUGGUACUGAUUCCCGCCGUGGUCAUUACGCAGGUUCGAGAGCUAAAGUAUCUGGUACCGUUUUCCGGCUUUGCGAACGCGAUCAUGAUUACCGCGAUCGGAAUCGUACUGUACUUUGUGCUAAGUGAACCGCUGGAGAUCGAAGAUCGCAACAUGUUUCCACAGUGGAGUACGCUUCCGUCGUUUAUUAGCACAGUGCUGUUCGCAAUCCAAGGGAUUCGAUACAUCCUGCCGAUCGAGAACAAAAUGAAGCAUCCGGAGGACUUUCUGGCCAGAUUUGGAGUGAUCAACAUCGCGAUCACCUUCCUGACCGCACUCUACAUCGUGAUGGGAUUCUUCGGGUACGCACAGUACGGCGAUCGGACGCAAGGAUCCGUAACGUUGAACCUCCCAAGUGAGAAUGCGUUGGCCGAAUCGACCCGCUUGUUGGCGGCGAUCGCGGUUCUGCUUACCUUGGGACUCAGCUAUUACGUGCCGAUGGAGAUUAUGUGGCACAAGUUGGGGGAGCUGGUUCAGGUUAAGUAUCACAACUGGGCACAGAUUGGGAUGCGGUUCGCUGUGCUGAUAGUGCUAGCUGCGGUAGCAAUUGGAGCGCCGGAGAUCGAACCAUUUGUUGGAUUGGUGGGAUCGUUUGGAAGUGGAACGCUGGUGGUGUUGUACCCAGUGGCCAUGGAUGUGAUCUUCCGGUGGCCAGAUGGUUUACCAGCAGGGUUACGAGGUUGCGAUCGUGCCAUGGAGUCAAUACAGAUGAUGGAGAGGAAUGCUGAGUUCAAAGAGUCCAAAGAUGAUAGUGACUACAAUCCAUUUGAGCAUCGGAAUGUGGAAAAGCCAAACUCAACAUUUGGCACAUUGCUGCACGUGAUCAAAGGAAGCCUUGGAACCGGCAUCAUGGCGAUGCCGCUGGCGUUCAAGCAGGGUGGCCUACUGUUUGGCGCAAUUGGAACGGUUGCGAUUUGUAUCAUCUACGCCCACUGUGUCCAUCUGCUGGUCAGCACAUCCCACAAAGCCAGCAAACGCAGCAAAAUCCCAUCGCUGGGAUUCUCCGAGACCGCCGCCGAUGUAUUCACCAACGGGCCACCCCGUCUGCGACCCCUUGCCACCUUUGCAACACGCUACGUCGACGUGAUGAUCUUGAUCCAAAGCUACCUGGCCUUUUGCAUGUACUUGAUCUUCAUCGCGCGGACACUGCGUGACGUGGUAAUCAACCAGCAGCAGGUCGAGCUGGACACGAGGAUUUACCUGCUGCUGUUGUUGAUUCCGGUGGCCGUGAUCACGCAGAUUCGUGAGUUGAAGUACCUGGUGCCAUUUUCGGGCGUUGCUAAUGCGAUAAUGAUCGCGUCGAUCGGCAUUACGUUGUACUUUAUCCUGAGGGAACCGAUAACGUUGGUUGAUCGCGCCCUCUGGGGAGAGUGGAGUUCACUGCCAUCCUUUGUAAGCACUGUGAUAUUCGCGAUACAGGGUAUUGAGUUCAUACUACCGAUCGAGAACAAGAUGCUGCAUCCGCAGCACUUUACCAGCUGGUGCGGGAUCAACAACGUGUCGAUUGGGAUCUUGACUGUUCUGUACAGCGUAACUGGAUUUUUCGGGUAUGCACAGUUUGGUGAUCAAACCCAAGGAUCCGUUACGCUGAACCUCCCGAACAACAAUGCUCUAGCCGAAUCAACGCGUCUCCUCUCCGCAAUCGCGAUCCUGCUCUCGCUUGGACUCAGCUACUACGUACCGAUGGAGAUCACAUGGCACAUGAUCGCCGACCGGGUGCCCCCAAAGUUGGCCAACUGGGCCCAGGCGGCCAUCCGGUUCAACGUGCUGCUGGUGCUGGUGGCCGUCGCGAUCGUGGCGCCCCAGAUUGAACCGUUCGUCGGACUGGCAGGGUCGAUUGGCGGUGGAACUCUGGUGGUGAUCUAUCCGGUUAUGCUGGAUGUGGUUUUCCGAUGGUCGACGGGGGACUUUGGACUGUUCAGGUGGCACCUGGUCAAGAACUUUGUCCUGUUUAUGUUUGGACUGUUUGUACUGAUCGUGGGGACGUACUUCAGUGUGAUGGAGAUCGUCGAUUCGUAUAGGUGAUACAGCAAUAAAGUACAACCUCUUUCAAUCGA